GUGAACUGAGGGAGCGUCAGCCUCAGCGGAGUCAGUGAAUCACCUCAUCAGCCCGGGCAGAGCGGCAGUCGCUCCGCGGAGAGGACACGCAGCUGCUCGGUCUCAGAGCCUUUUACGCACCAGGGGAGCUACCUGAAAACGCAGAUGCUGGCAUCGUGAGAAGGGGGACUCACCAGUUUUUUCCCCUAAAUCCCCCUGGAAUAUUCUUUCUGACUGCUGGCAACACGUUUGAAAUUACCAGUUACAACCCGGAGGACAUUUCCUGAGUAGAAUGAAGGGAUUUACACCUUUAUUCAGCAUGAUCCUUGUUGCGCUGCUUGUCGCCACUGUCUCUGCGACCAAGUUAAAUGUGCCGCGGCUGAGACUGUCAUACAAAGACCUGCUGUCCACCAACAGGUCGUCUAUCUUCAGCGGUCAUCACGGCCAGCUGUCUCUCACCGCCGUCUUCCUGGAUGAGUACCGAGACCGCCUCUUCCUGGGAGGGAAAGAUGUCCUGUACUCUCUCCUGCUGGGGCCUGCCAGCAGCGAGUCCAAAGAGAUUUACUGGCCCCCGUUACCUGGCAACAGAGAGGACUGCAUUGAAACAGGGAAGGAACCGCAGACCGAGUGUGCCAACUUCGUCCGCCUCCUGCAGCCCUACAACCGCACCCACCUCCUGGCCUGUGGCACCGGUGCCUUCCAGCCCAUGUGUGCCUUCAUCAACGUGGGCCACAGAGGAGAGCAUGUGUUCUCGAUGGACCCUACGAAUGUGGAGAAUGGACGAGGGAAGGUUCCACAUGACCCCAGCCUCCCCUUCGCUAGCACCUUCAGUGGUGGGGAGCUGUAUACAGGACUGACGGCAGAUUUCCUGGGCAGAGACUCUGUGAUCUUCAGAAGUAUGGGAGGUCGCUCCACCAUGAGGACAGAGACUGACCAGAAACUUCUCCACGACCCGAAGUUCAUCGCCGCCCAUCUCAUCCCAGACAACGACGACAGAGACAACGAUAAAGUGUACUUCUUUUUCACUGAGAAGGCCACGGACGCAGGGGACAGGGAGGGGGCCAUACACACACGGGUCGGACGAGUGUGUGCGAAUGAUGUUGGAGGCCAGAGAGUGCUGGUGAACAAAUGGAGUACCUUCAUCAAAGCCAGACUGGUCUGCUCUGUACCAGGACCUCAUGGCAUCGACACACACUUCAACCAACUGGAGGAUGUUUUCCUGCUGAGGACCAAGGAUGAAAGGAACCCAGACAUCUAUGCGAUCUUCAGCACCAUCAGUAAUGUGUUCCAGGGCUUUGCUGUGUGUGUUUACCGUAUGGCUGACAUCAGAGAAGCCUUCAACGGGCCCUUUGCUCAUAAAGAGGGUCCCGACUACCAGUGGGGGGCCUAUGAAGGCAGGGUCCCAUAUCCAAGACCAGGCGUGUGCCCGAGUAAAAUCACCAACCAGCCAGGCAGAGAGUUUGGCAGCACAAAGGACUUCCCCGAUUCAGUGCUGCAGUUUGCUCGCAACCACCCGUUGAUGUGGCGACCGGUGUAUCCCGCCCUGCGCCAACCUGUGCUUGUAAAAGCCAACACUCCUUACAGGCUGAGACAAAUUGUAGUGGACCGGGUCGAGGCAGAGGACGGGCAGUAUGAUGUCAUGUUCAUCGGCACAGACGUCGGAACAGUAUUGAAGGUCAUUGCUUUGCACAGUGGAAACAGCCUGGAGACAGAGGAGGUCACACUGGAGGAGCUGCAAGUCUUUAAAGUGCCAACUCCAAUUACAUCAAUGGACAUAUCCGUGAAAAGGCAAGCCCUGUAUGUGGGCUCUCCAGCAGGUGUGGCCCAGGUGAAGCUGCAUCGCUGUGAGACUUAUGGGAAAGCCUGCGCUGAGUGCUGCCUGGCCAGAGACCCUUACUGCGCCUGGGAUGGAUCGCUGUGCGCACGAUAUGUGCCCAACAGCAAACGCCGCUACCGCAGGCAGGACAUCAGGCAUGGAAACCCCGUGCUGCAGUGUAUGGAUCAGAAUUUGAGCGAAGAGCUCGAUGUGACUGAUGACAGGGUGGUGUAUGCGACAGAGAACAACAGCACCUUCCUGGAGUGCGUCCCUCGCUCCCCGCAAGCUUCUGUCACCUGGCUUGUCCAGCGUGACGAUCGCAAGGAAGAGGUAAAACUGGACGAUCGCGUGAUGUCCACAGAGCAGGGCCUCCUCUUUCGUCGUCUCUUCCGCCAGGACGAAGGCGUGUACAUCUGCCGCUCCCGAGAGCACGGAUUCACACAGACCCUGGCCCGCCUCACCCUUGAAGUCCUCCAGGGGGAGACUGUGGACGAGCUCAUGGCACGUGACCACGUCGGCCUCUCCGAUUCGUUCAAAGACCGGUCCACAGGAGGCUACAGGGCCUGGAUGCCUUGUAGCACAUACAGCAGGGCGGGCUCGUCCAGCCAAAUCAGCCAAUCACGCGCGUGGUUCAAGGAUAUCAUGCAGCUGAUUGGGCCGUCAAACCUGCCGCACGUGGAGGAGUACUGCGAGAGGAUGUGGUGCAACGACAAGCUGAGGAGGAAGCACAAGAGCAUGCUGGAGAAAUACCGCCAGGCGCAGGACAGCGCCAGGAAGGCUCGCAGCAAGAGCUCCGGCGAGCGUAACCGGACGCCAAGGGAUCUCAGCGCGUGGGAGGAGUAAGGGAGCGAAGGCGAGCGGGGGGACAAAAGAAGGAGAAAACGAACGAGGACAAAGGGACAAAGAUUGCAGUGCAGGACAAGAUGAAUCGGGCAGCAACCAGCAUCAACUCCUAGCAACUGAACUUGUAAGGAUGAGCUAGAUCAGAGCUAAAGCUUACAGAAUGGACUUUAUGAAAUCAGUGUGUGUGUAGGUCAGGUGCUAGGAGCUGGUUCUGGAUAAUAGCCCAAAAAAAGACAGAAGUGUUUGGUUGUCUGGAAGGACAGUGCAAAAACAGACUGCUACUAAACUGAACAGAAAGAUGUUGCUAACGAGGAGAGACGAUCUUUCAAACACACUCUGAGGACGCUCACCAAGGACUGCUCCCCCUCUCACACGCUUGUCCUUGUGUACUUUUACUGUUAUUGAAAUGACAGACACUGCUCCACCUUCACAAACCUCAGACUUAUAAACGCAUGCAUGCUUGUGGACUGACUUUACCGACUGCCUCACGGACUCUUUGAUGAACAGUGCGUGUUGGCUCUCGGCAAACUGAGACAUCAAAAGAAAAGAACGUCACAUUAACAUGCUGUGCAUCUGUGGACUGCAAAAGUUUGCCAGCUGCAACACAUUGAGGACACACGCUUAUUUUCCAUUUGUCUUUUUCACUACCAAAUUAGACACAGUCACAUUUCACACAAUGCAACCACUGGACUCAUCACUUGGCAUUUUAGGGUGCAUGUUUCUUGCCUUGCUCUGCAUCAGUUUUUAUUUUUUAUUUAGGAAAUAUUCAUGUGUGACUUCAAGACAAAACUGACUUUGCAGUAUAUUUAUAAGACGCAUAGCAGCGACUGCACACAGGCUCAGACACUUACUGUAUCUAAUCUCGCCAGUGUGCGUGGACACACACACACACACACGCACACACACUUUCAUAAACUGAAUUCCCAGUCACCCGUCACACUGAACGCAUAAGCUCAACGAGCUCCAACUGGAGGCUACCGUGAGACGACUGUUGAUGGUUCAACAGAUUAAAGGGCGCAUUGCUUUGUUUUUACUGCUGUGGGUUGAAUGUUCCAUUAAACAGCAGCUACAGAUCAAAAUUCCCCCCUCACCGACCCUUAAAGGGACAUUUCACAGAGGCUUAUUUUCAUGCUUUUGGGUGCAUACCAUAACACCCCAGGGAACGUACCUAAUGGCCAUAACCGAGCUCUGAUAUUUGCUUCCUUGAGGAUCCUUAUGCACAUCAACUCAAUGAAAACCAGAAGUCUGUGACAUUAACGCCAGUCCAGCAAGGAGGCAAAUAAUUUCAUUCACUUUUAUUACUAGAGUAACAGUUUAGUCCAAAACAGUGACAUAUCAUAAUUUACCAUGGCCCAAGGUGACUUCAGAAACCAGCCAUUAAAGGAGAAAUUACAUAACCCGACCACACUGCGUUAACCUCACCACACACUUCAUCCACUAUACUCAUUUUCCCACAGUUGCCCUGUGUGCUGUGGCUCUCCAGCGACAAUAGAGGGAACAAUAGAAGGGGUCAGCUGUGAUGGCCGAGCCCUCUUGUGCUUUCUGCUUUGGAAACACAGGUUUUAAGACGGUUCAUGGUUUGAACACAUGAUAAUCCACAUCGCUGUUGUCUUCAGUUCUGUUUUUAAAAUAGAACUUUUUACGGUUAAUCAAACCAAAAAGGUUUUCCUUCCAAAGGGUAACAGGUGGGGCAGGGGACCGAGGCGCGAGUUACUUCAGGAGGUAGAACAGAUCAGAUGGAGUGGAGUCAGGAGAGGCUGAAGGCAGGCGAGGAUGCCGACCCUCAUGUUAAAUGUAAUCAGAAACUGAAGAAGGCAGAUAAUGUGAAUACAAUUGUGUAAACAGAUUUUUGUUUUUGAAAUGAAUUUAAGAGUUGCUUUCCACUGUAUCACGUAGGUAUGUAACUAUUAGAGUACAUUAAUGGAGUUGGAUCACUAGUCUAGUUAACCUUUUCUGGCCUCAUGAGGGAGGUAAUGUGGAGAUCUUUGCAAAUGAUGGCUACAUGUACGUAGUCCACCUUAUAAACAAUGGAAAAGAUGUGCUGAUAAUGUGUCUCUAGUUCAAUUUUACCAGAUUAAAUAUUUGCUAUUUAUUUAGUCUUGCAUCUUUAAUCUUUGUCCCUGUACAAGUCUCCGUGUGUAAGAACUCCAAGCUGACAUUAUCUCCAUUCUUCAAUGUUUAUGGGAUUCGUUUGGAGACGGCAAACACAAGCAGCUGUCGUUGCCAAAGAACUAAACACCUCCAGUAUGGCCGUCAGAGGGGUUAAGGGUCAAGGCUCUGUAACGUGUGUACAUAUGGAUGACGGUAUAUCUAAAAUUAGCCAGGAAGCAGCACUAAUAGCAGCGAACGCGGCGACCUCUCUGUAACCUUCAUGGCUUCUCAGAGGAUGAAUGAAAAAAGAGAAGAGAAGGGAGAAGAAAGGGGAGAGAGAUGAUAAAAUAAGGUACUAUGAGCAUCUUGUGCAGGUUGUAUUUGCAAUUUCUAAAAAUCCCUAUUAAAACCCAUUUUCCUAUAAAUCAUCUGUAUGAACUGAGUAUUUCAAAAGGUGACACAGUUUGUACAGCACACUUAAGCACAUGUUUUAAUCUAGUUAAUCUAAAUUUUAUUUUCUUAGUUUGGGGACUGUGAGGCUGGCUGCUAGAUUCCAGGAUGGCAGCAUGAAACAGAGAGAUAGACAGCUGGUUGGUUUAUCUUGAAAAUAACCCUCCUCAAAAGUUCCUUUUCUCUGUAACAACUUAAAUUAUAAUCUUAUCAUAUUUUUGUGGAAACAGUUACACAAGUGCUUGGUCUGGUCUGCUUUGGUCUGUGAUGAUGAUGAUGAUAAAAAAAAGUGAAUUACUCAGAAAAUAAAAAACUGUGUUAAAGGUUAAAGCUUUUGUGAUCGAUUGUAAACUUGCAGUGUGUAAAAGUUUCCAUUUUAUAGCAACUUUCAUGGGACAGAACCACCAAAAUAAAUGCUGACCGUUUUGUGUGUUUUUGCUUUGAGAUUUGAAAUGACACAAACGUCCUUCUUCAGGAUGAUAUUAGUAAUUUUGUGCAUUUUUACAAAUAUGCUGACACGAUGUGUAUCACUGAUUAAAUGCUAGAUAUUGGUGCAUGUUCAAAACAGACAUUGUAAAGCCUUCAAAUGCAUUUCAGUUGUUGUAGUUGUAAGUGUGUUGUGGUGUUGCAUCUUACAUUUAUUUUUUUUUAACACUCUCUAUAGUUAGUUUAGUGCAGUUUGUCAGUACUUUUUAACUUUUAUCUAAAACACAUGUUGAAUUUACAGCACUCAUCCUGCCUUAAUGUUCAAGUGUAGUAUUUUGUGGUAUUUAUGUAAGAACAAAGAGAUUCAUCAGUGU